AUGUCACCGCUUCACAGGGCACCCUAUCUUUACGCGUUCUACUAUGACCUACGAUACCUGGCAUCACAGAUAGCCGUUUUAUAUGUGGCUGGACUUGUCUCCAACAUGAUGUUCAGCUUCUACUGCGUCCACCUUUCUGCCAGAUAUGGGCGAAAGGCUCUCUGUUUACUAUGCCUUGUUGCUGGAUGUUUUGGUUGCGCCUGCAAGUUUUUCCCAUCAUUCAUGAUCCUCUUCAUUGGGCGCAUCCUCGAUGGCUUCUUUGCUGCUUUAGUCACUAGCCCUUUCCAACAAUGGUAUAUUGACGAACAUCAAGUUACAUACGAUUUUCCUCCUGAAUGGGUUCAAUCGACCUUAAUGAUAUUGUCUCUGGGUGCCGGCUUUCUAUCAGUGACUGCUGGAGUGACUUCACAUAUUGUUGUUGGAAUUUCGAAAGUGCUAGCUAUUCCCUACAUCCUAGCAAUUUGCUCCAUGAUUAUCGGUGAGUUUUUUUAA